AUGGACGUAGAAUUUGGAGUACCACAGGGUUCUGUGCUCGGACCCAACCUUUUCGCGUUAUUCAUUAAUGACAUGCCAAAUAUAAUAGAAGGAGAAGAAGACGCAGAAAUAGAAGUAUUUGCGGACGAUACAACCAUUUAUGUCGUAGGACCAACAGUAGACAUUGUAACAUCGAGAUUAAACGAGAUUUUAUGCAAAUUUUGGGAUUGGUGUAUUAAUAAUUCACUUUCACCCCAUCCAGGAAAAACGGAAUUCAUGUUAAUGAAGGGAAAAUCAUUUAUAGGCCCUGUUAGGGCAACAAAACUAGGGACUUAUGUAAUCAAACAAGUACAGUCGACAAGAUGCUUAGGGAUGGAGUUGGACGACGAAAUGAAGUGGUCCAAACAUGUCUUGAAUACAAUAAAAUCCUUCUCUCAGAAAAUCAAUCUUCUGAAAUCCCUGUAUUUUCUGCCAAAGAAAGCUAGGAUAGACUUUUACAAUAAAGUUAUACUCCCGUCGAUAACUUAUGGCAUUAUUCUAUGGGGAUCAUGUAACAAGAGUCUAUUCAAUGACCUUGAAAAGAUGCAUGUGCGAGCAGCAAAAAUCAUUUUCUGCCUGAACUGGAACACACCCACAAAUGAUGUUAUAACAAUUUGCAAUUGGAAAACACUUAGAAGAACAUAUUUAGAAUCGUUGGCAAAGUUGACUCAAAAGAGUUAUUAUCAAGUCGUUCCUACGGCUAUAGCUGAUCUCUUU